CGCCAAUCACAAUUCAAGCGUCAAACUGGUUUUUCCUCUUCCGUCAUGUGUAGCACAAACAGACUGAUUUCCGGGUGCUUGAACGGCCUGCACAAGUCAUUCUAUAUGACACCCAGAUUUCGUACCCAGUCACUGCGUCUUCGUUCAGAAGUCCGCUCGGUCAUAUCUUUUUACUCGCCGGCCCGCUAAGUUACAAACUACCUAUUGUAACUGCACGCUCAGAAAACUACAUAAGCUCUCAUUUCGCGGACUCACUCUCCACAGGUUGAAAUUUCUCGUGCAAUACUGCAAGAUGUCCUUCACAGUCGCAGUGCCGAUCGCUUUUACCCUCCUUUCCUAUGUUGUUUUCCAUCUCGCUCGGACGCUUUACAGGGGGUGGACGUCCCCCUUGAAAUUCAUCGAUGGGCCGCCGUCGUUGAACUUGGUAUUUGGCCACUCGUUAUUGACCUCUGACGUGCCAGAGACGGGGGACCGAUGGCGGGAACAGUACGGUCCGACCUUUAUGGCCAAGGGCAUGUUCGGCGUUGACGACCUGCACACGACCGACCUCAAGGCUGUAGCACAUAUCCUUAGGCACGGUUCGCUGUACCCUAGAACGCCCGAGUUUGUCGCAAGUCUCACUCGGAUACUCGGUGCCGGACUCUUAUCGGUCGAAAUGGAUCCCCACCGACGUCAGCGCAAGAUCCUUCACCCCGCGUUCAACGCUCAACAAAUCCGCCUGAUGAGCCAAGUUUUUCUGGAGCAGGCCAUCGUGCUGCGAGAUAUUUUGGCGGCCAAUGUUAGGAAAGCCGGUGGAACCGCCACCGUCAACCUCGCCGAGAUGUUCCGUCAAGCGACGCUGGAUAUCAUGGGACAGACCGGCUUCGGAUACAACUUCAACUCUCUCCAGUCAGGGGGAAGAAAUGAAGGCGACCUGAGCAAGGCCUUCCGUCUGUUGUUCCACGUUCCCAACGCCAACCUGAACACCGCUGUGCAGCUCGCUCAGGCCGUCAUUCCAGUCCUCAGGGUUCUGCCCCUGCCUGGCUGGCGCUCCACGCAGUUCGCAAUCAAGACAAUGAAUGCAGUGGGAACAAGCCUCAUGCAAAGAGCCAAGGCCGAGGCACAGGCACUGGGAGAGAAGGAAUUGGGCUCAAGGCGUGAUCUGCUCUCCAUUCUUGUCAAGGCAAAUAUGUCUGCAGAUGUUCCAGAUAGCCAACGUUUGAGCGACAGCGAAGUCAUAGCCCAAAUCCCGACGUUUCUCCUCGCCGGGCAUGAGACCAGCAGUGUCGCGCUAGGCUGGGCCGUCCAUGCGUUAUCCCACCAUCCCGCUGUGCAAGACAAGUUACGCAAGGAGCUGCUUUCCAUACAGACCGAUACACCGACCAUGGACGAGCUGAACGCAUUGCCAUUCUUCGAGACCGUGCUGAAGGAGACUCUGCGGCUGUACGCCCCAGUCGUCUUUAUUCAGCGCAUGGCCAUCCAGAACGACGUGUUACCGCUGAGCAAACCAUAUGUGGACCGGUGGGGCGUGUCUCACAAGACUUUGCCAAUCCCCAAGGGACAGCUGCUCACUAUCUCGAUCCUGGCCAUCAAUACUGACAAGGGGAUUUGGGGCGAGGAUUCCCUUGAGUUCAAACCCGAGCGAUGGGAUGAUCUCCCUGAUGCCGUGCGCUCGGUGCCAGGCGUGUGGGGUAAUCAGUUGACUUUCCUCGCUGGUGCUCAUAGCUGUAUCGGCUUCCGAUUCUCCUUGAUCGAACAAAAGGCAAUCCUGUUCAGUCUGCUCCGGGCUUUCGAGUUCCUGCCGGGAGCGGAACUUGUCAGCUCUGUGAUGUCAGCGCAGCUGCAGCGCCCGUUCUCGUUCGUUUCCGAUGGAAAGGGUGGUCGUGUUUCGACAGGUGGACUGUCUCUUGUACUGAAGGCAUAUCGAGGAUCUUCUAUUUGAUCCGUAGUAGUCGCGCGCUCUAGUCCCGGAAAUACUUUGGGAGAAUUGAAUAUGCUUCAAGUUGGCGUCCAGAUUUUCUGCUAGCUGCAUGAAUUUGUUUGACCCCCCAUGACAAUGAGUCUGCGGUGAAAGCGGCUCUUGUGCAUGGAAUUCACACCCCAGGGACCUCCAAUUAUUACGUAAAAUGGCUUCGAGGCUCCCUCCGGAGGCCAUCCUGGAGGCGCCUUCCUAAUUGGGACACUGCCUGGCCAUUU